CGCCCGCCAUGCGCCAUGCGCCCGCGCCGCCACGUGCGCCGCGGCGUCACCGCGCCCCGCCUGACGUCACCCCGCGCCGGCCCCGCCCACCGGGAGGCCGCCGUGAGGGCUCCGGGCAAGAUGGCGGCGGCCGCGGCGCUGAGGGGCGGCGGGCGGGCGGUGACCCGCGAGGUGUUGCAGCUGGAGGCCCGGGGGCUCUGCACGAAGCCGGUGGGCACCGGGAAGGCGCCGCCAAAGAAUGUAGUGGCACGACAGGGAAGCACCAAGCUGCUUGCCAUGAAGGCACCAGUUGAAUUUCGUAAAACGUUGUCUUCUAGCUCUCUCCUGCUGUCUGCAGACAAAGAUGAGAGCAUAUCUAGUACCAACCUCAAGGAAGCUGCAAAACCUGCUGAAGACACGAGGUCAAGAAAAACUAAGGUUGCAUUUCCUCAGCGAGGAGUUGUUUCCUCCCGUGAGGAGGAAAACCUCACCACAGCUGCAACAGGAGGAGGCCUGAGGAAAGAGUUAGCUGAGGAGCAGACUUCAUCCAGCUCAGAGUCAGAUUCUAGCUCAGAUUCUGAGGAUGAAAAUGUUUAUGAUUCAAAAGUUGCCCCUAAAACUAAAGUUGAGUUUCCCAGACGAUAUCCCAUGUUUUCUGAGAAUGUAGCAAUACAGGCAUCGAGGGUGGCAAAAGAGAAAUUGUCCCAGAAAUCCCUCAAAGAAUAUGGAAUUAAGAAGCUGCCACGCAAACCAGAAAUCAACGUGGCUUCUGUAAAGCAGAUCAAAUUUUCUAAAACAUCAGUCAGCCAGGAGACAUCAAAAUCCAAAGCAAGAGACCCCAAAGUAAAAUCCACUCCAAAAGAGCAGAAGUUGGUCGUAGAACCACAUGUGGUGAAAAGUCUGGACCUGACCGAUGCUGAUCAUAAGUUUGAUCCUGUGGAGAAGUCCAUUGGAACCCAGGUAGCAGCUAUUCAGCUGAAAGCCUCAGCAGCAACUCAGGAAGACAAAAAGCAAAAUCUGAUAUCCAGAGAAGAGAAGAAAAAGGUGAAGGAGUUGGAAGCAAAAGGAGUAACUGCUCCUGAAGUGGGAGAGACUUCUGGAGGCACAACGUUGGUGAUGGGCACCACAGCAGAGCAGGAGACCACACAGGAAGCAGGAGCCCAGGCUGGAGAAAGCAGCACAGUAGAGGAGAAAACACCUGCUCCAGAGGAGUUUGAUAAUUCCACCUACAAGAACCUGCAGCACCACGACUAUCACACUUUCACCUUCCAUGAUUAUGUUGCUGUCCUUGCAAAGUACAGGCAGCCUCAGCCAUCCUCUGGAAGACCAUCACCAAGGCACUGAAAAACCACACUAACAACAAACACCCAGGCAGGAUGAUGAAUUGUUCUGUUUAGCACUGUUGCUCUAUCUGUAUAAUUGAAAUCAGAUAAUAAAUAAUAAAGGCAUAAUAACUUGGGCUUUCA